CAUACACAGCCAUCCACGCCAUACACAGCCAUCCACGCCAUACACAGCUAUCCACACCAUACACAGCCAUCCACACCAUACACAGCUAUCCACACUAUACAAGGGAGGAAAAAACCGUGAGAGAGGCCCUCAAGAAGGCAGGUGCCACUGGGUCAAAGAAGGGCUGGUUUUUUUCUGGCGAAAGUGUCCUCUCCUUACUCUUCUCGCAGAAGAGGGCGGGGCCAAACAAGAACGUAAAACAACUAAAUGGUGUUAGUUUGCCCUACGAGUGUCUGGAGAAGGAUACACGAAAAUCGUUCGAGGAUCUUGGAAAUCGAAUGGCACAAGACAAGGCAAAGGGCAAACAGGCAACAGCCAAUGCAACGCAAACUCGACUAGAGCCUUUCCUGGGAGCUGCGGGUGCUGCCGCAGGAUCGCAACAGAAACGGAAAACAUCAGAAAAAUCAGGGCGAAAAGUCAAAGUAAGCAAGAGUAAGGGAAUCAAAACAUCCAAGAAUCUGUGCAACCUGUGUAAUAGGAGAACACAAUCCAACAUGGUUUUGUGUUCAUCGUGCCAGCAAUGGCAGCAUAGAGGCUGCGCGAAAAUAAGUCUCUCUGACUACACAUCCAACUGGCGCUGCGUCUUUUGUAACAACUGAUUCUUAUACACUGUCUUCUUGAGUUACAGA